AUGAAACAGCCUCACAGCACAGUGGAGGCGCUCUUCCGGGCGUCCAAGAAGCACUUCAAGCUAGGCCAACCGGUGGACCCGGAGGGCGUCCGGGCCGUUACGGAGGCUCUCGAUGCCGUGACGCUCCAGGACCUGGGCCUCGAGGCGCCCCGCGAUCGGCGGCAGACGGAGUUGUACGCGGUGAACAAUGCGGUGCACGGCAGCGUGGAGGCGUCGGGGGACAGCAAGAACCGGUCCACGCAGCCAGGGCAGUCGCACCACAGCAAAGGCGCGGUGCGCUACCUGCACAUCUACGAGGACGAGCACUUCACCAUCGGAAUCUUCUGCAUGCCUGCCGGAGUGCAGAUCCCCCUGCACGAUCAUCCAGGGAUGACGGUCAUGUCCCGGCUGCUCUACGGGAAGAUGCGCGUGCUGUCGGCGGACCUCGUCGACGGGCCGCGCGCCGCGCCGCACGAUGCCUGCGGGGUCCUCAAGGCCAGGCUCAAGGGCCUGCGCACGGUGACCGCGCCCGCAGCAACCAUGCGGCUCGACCCCAACGGCGGCGGCAACAUCCACUCGUUCUACGCCGUUACGGACGCCGCGAUCCUGGACAUCCUAGCGCCGCCGUACGACCCCGCGGCGAACCGGGGCUGCACGUACUACUCGCAGUGCCCGCUGCCUGAGGACUUGGACAGGGCGCGGCGCGGGGCGCUGCGGCGCAGCUCGAGCCAGCCCUCGGUAGCGGACGCGCCAGGCAGCGAGAGCGGCGCGAACGGCGGCCCGCAGCCCCCGAACCGGCCGCACGUAAACGGGGACGCCAACGUGCACGUCAUGGCUGGGUCCUUCAGUGGGCCGGCGCGCUCCGCACCGUCUGAGUGCCCGCGGCUGUCGCCAGAUAUAGCCACGGCCGAGAGCUCACGGGAGGAGGACCGGCCGCGCAUCAUCGGGUUGCUCCCGUACGAUCCAGGAGAGGACGUGCACGUCGAGUGCGGGGAGUACCUCGGCCACCCAGUGGCGUGA